AUGCGGAAGGCGUCCCUCUCGAAGUCUUUCAUCAACCUUAUCGUGACGAAUUGGGAGAAGGUCGUACAUCAUAGUCAGUCGUUGGGCGAUAUGCCUCUCUUUGAUCAGGACUCAGUAGACUAUACGAGUUCGACUGAUCGAGCCACAUCAUUUCUUGACCGAGUAUAUUCUGCACUUGUCGGUAUCAUCUUAUGA